AUGCUGGAUUUUGACAAAUGCUCCAAGGUUGACCUCGAAUCGAAGGACCCGGCAACAGAGGUAGUUAAGAAGUAUCUCAUUGCCGUCACGGGGAACGACCCCUAUUUCCCGCAUCCAGGCUUGGAUGCCAAUCUCUGGCGCACAUUUCGCAAAGCGUAUCUCAAAGCCAGCGACAUCAUCAUCAAGACAACACAGUUGAAGCGUCAACUGGGAAGACUUCCUGCGAUGCUGAUGGAUGAGUGGGAGCAAUGGGCAGACAGGGAUGUGCAGGCCGAGGAGGAGUUUGAUCCCUUUGGCAGAGACUCCCAGGAUGAGGAUGAAGAAGGAGAAGGAGAAGAGACCGAAAGGGAAGAUGAUGGCACGGAUGAAGACGAGAGUUCCGAGGAGGAAGAUGAAGGCGAGUACAGCUCAAAAGACAGUUAG